GUCGGAUAGUAGUGCACAGAAAGUGUCAGCUCAUUUACCUCGCUUUCUGUGAAUCAGAACCUUCCUUACUCUCAACUCUUCUACCCCGUAAACUCUCUCUCUCUCUCCUCCCACCAAACAAAGAACAAUUCUUCAUCCCCUUUACCCUCCCAAUCCCAUCAUUAAACCCUAAUUUACCCUCCUCAAUUUCCCCAAUUCCUAUUAAUCUAACCCCUUUUUGCUUCGAUUCAGCAACCAUAACCCCUCAAUUUUUGAACCGACACUCCAAAUCGAGUCAAUUUCAAGCAAAAUCGAUCCCAAAUUAGAAAAAUGGGGAUUUCUAGGGUUUGUGGGGAUUCCGCGAAACCAUCUUGUUCUUCUUGUUCAACGGCAGUAACAACAUCUACUGCUAAAAUGGAUACUGUAAAUGGUUCCCAUGAGUUUAAGAUUAAUGGGUAUGCUUUAUCUAAAGGGAUGGGAAGUGGGAAGUAUAUAGCUUCUGAUACGUUUAUGGUGGGAGGGUAUUUGUGGGCAAUUUACUUCUACCCUGAUGGAAAGAGUCCUGAAGAUAAUGCUACUUAUGUGUCGUUGUUUAUCGCUUUGGCGAGCGAGGGGACCGAUGUUAGGGCGUUGUUUGAAUUGAAGCUUGAAGAUCAGAGUGGGAGAGGGAGGCAUAAGGUUCAUUCCCAUUUCGGUCGGACACUUGAAAGCGGGCCGUAUACUCUUAAGUAUCGCGGUAGUAUGUGGGGCUACAAACGAUUUUAUAAGAGGACAUCUUUGGAGCAAUCUGACUACCUUAAAGACGAUUGCCUUCUGAUUCGUUGUAUUGUGGGAGUUGUGAAGACACAAACAGAGGGACCCAAACUUUACAGAAUACCAAUGCCACCUUCUGAUAUGGGACAGCAGUUCGGACAACUUCUAGAAACUAAAAGGGGAACUGAUGUAAAUUUUGAAGUUGAUGGUGAAGUAUUUGCUGCUCACAAGUUGGUAUUAGCAGCACGCUCACCUGUGUUUAGGGCUCAGCUUUUUGGUCCAAUGAAGGAUAAAAGCACAAAAUGUAUAAUUGUUGAAGACAUUGAAGCACCAGUUUUCAAGGCGUUGCUUCACUUCAUAUAUUGGGAUGACUUGCCGGAUAUGCAAGAGCUCGCAGGUUUGAAUUCCAAAGGGGCUUCCACGUUAAUGGCCCAGCAUUUGCUAGCUGCUGCAGAUAGAUACGGACUUGAACGGCUCAAACUGCUUUGUGAGGCUACCUUAUGUGAAGAUGUUGCUAUAAACAACGCUGCAACAACUUUGGCAUUGGCAGAGCAACAUCAUUGCUCCCACUUGAAAUCUGUUUGCCUGAAGUUUGUUGCAUCACGUGAGAAUCUGAGAGCUGUUAUGCAGACUGAAGGGUUCGAGUACCUGAAGUUGAGUUGUCCAUCCGUAAUUAGUGAACUACUGCAAUUUGUUGCUAAAGUCAGUGAGCAUUCUAUGUCUUUAGUGGGUUUUGGGAGUGAUCCGAUGCCAGACUGUGGAGACAUGAAUGGAAGACGUGUGAAGCCAAGGAUAUUCUGAUAUAUACAUAUACAUACAUAUAUAUAUUUCUUUUUUUUUUUUUUGGGGGGGGGGGGUGAUUUGUUGGUUGCUGUUUUGUUUGUUCCAUUUUCUUCUGUUUGCAACAUUUUUUCCUGAUCUGUGUUAAAUUGUUCUGGUAAUUGUUGUAUGUAGUAAUUUUAUACCAUAAAGAGAAAGGGUUUGAAUGUGGCGGAGGAAUACUCAACUCCAUUGUGUCGCUUUCGUGAUGAAAUUCAAUAACAUUUGAGACUGGUUUAAGCUUUAUAAAUUCAAAAAAACAAGAAAGAUCAGAAAACUCUGUAUAUUGAGUGUAGAAGCUAUAGUAUAUGUUACCCAAACUUAAAAGUAGUAAUAGUGUGGUGAUGGCUUGGGUUGCUUCUUUUUACUUGUAUAAUUUAUAAUUGUGUUCGACUC